GACACAAAAUUGUUGGUCGUUAAAAAGUAAAGUGCGGCUGGUCCGUUGAAAAAAUUGAGAAAAAUAAAUCGCGACUAAGACGCGGAGACUCGGACGCGGAGGAAAACGUUGUGAAAGUGCCGAGUUGAGAGUGCAAGUUCAAAACAAUUACGAGUUGAACAAAAAGGGAGAACACAUGAUAUCCUGGGCCACGCAGGAUAGCUGUGUGAAGCAGACGCGUGAAGGAUAAGAGGAAGGGGGCAGCAGGAGCAGAAGAAGAAGCAGAAGCAGGACAACAAGACGGGGAAGAAGAAGCUGAAGGCGGAGCCGCAUCUGCCGCAGUCAAAACACAAGAGGAAGUGCAACAAAAGCGAGAUAAAAGUGCAUUCAGCUGGGGGAAAUGGAAAUGGAAAUGUGAAAUGUGAACGAUGUUGCAACGUCGCGCCGCUUGCACAGCCAAGUAAAAGCAAAAGCAAAGCAUAAGCGUAGCAAAGCAAAAGCAAAGUCAGAACAAACAAAAUACACAAAGUGAAAGAGCGAGUGAGAGAGAGAGAGGGAGUGUUUGGUUGGUGUAUCUGUGUUUAGUGCGUAUACGCGUCUGUGUGUGUGUGUGGUAGUGCGAUUUUGUGCUCACAACAAAUUGUCGUUUAAUUUUCUUCGAUUCUGCACAAACAACAAGCACUGAGAGAAAGGGGAUGUCGAUGUCCUCUUCACCACCCCUGGAAUCCGCCACCUAAGGUCAUAGGUCGCCAGCAGCCAAGAGUCAACCGAGGAGCGGCUUAAGUGAAAGGCAGACACACAGAGCCAAGAAGCCAACGAACCCGGGAGCUGAGAGCUGGGAGCCGACCAGACAGUUGGCAAACGGAUUACGCACAUCCUGUAGAGGAGCUCGAAACCAGGCUACCAACCAAGCCACAAUGUCUAAGCACACGGACAACGAUAAUCUGCGCAAUGACAUCUACGAAAAUCUGCCCUGUCAGGCGAUGUACAACGAUUCGGUGCGCAAGAUGCAGCAGCAGAAGUCAUCCACGGCGAAUCCCAAUGCCAACUCCAUUGGGAACUGCAAUUCCGCAUCAGCGGCGAUUAAUAAGAACCUUCCGCCGGCAACCUCUGUAACCAACAACAUGCCCAAGGAGAUGUUGUAUGCCACACCCCUGCGAAAAUCCGAUCGUUAUAAGAGCGGCGAAAGAAGUCGUUCCGGGAAUCCGGAGACCAAGUUGUCCAACUUCCGGGACUCCAAUCGCUUGGCCAGUGCCCGCAAUGGCAAUCCCGUUCAGAUAACUGAUCUAGAUGCGGACGAGGACGAUGGCCAGGGGGGACUGGGAGUGGAUGGCUGUGCCUCGGGUUCCAAGUACAGCAGCAAUCAGCAGCAGCCACCUGGCACAGCCAAUCAGCAUCUGGAGGAUCGGCGCAUCUUGAACUUCCUCAAGGACACCACUCAGCUGCAGAAGAAGCUGGAGAUCACAGGACGCGACUGUCCCAAUGCCAGCUUCUCGAAUCUGGCGCGGGAGGAGCACUUUGCCAACCUGGUGCAGCAAAAUUUCCCCCAGGAUGUGGCCCACCAGUCGAAUGGGGAGACCAAUGGAGGAUCAGCGCCCGAGGAGGAUGGCCAAGAGGCGGCGGGUGGAGUAAAACCCCAGCCGUCUGAAGAUACGGAUGGCAACCUGGAGGCUCUGAUGCAACGCAAGGUGUCGCCGGAUAAGGAGGUCAAUGGACUAGUUCACAGUGGAGGUCUGGAGCCCAACAAUCGAAUAGUGAGCACCGUUUACAUUCAUCGCGAGUGGGUGCUAAAGAAGAUUGCCCUGUGCUUGGAACAGCGAACGGCAGGCAAGAAGCCGGUGCCGGUGGCUCUGGGAGCAGCCUCCUCCAGCUAUGUAUCCGCGAGGGCCAAGGCGGCGGCCAUUUCGAGUUCCAGCUACAAUGGCUGCCUGGUGCUCGGCUCGAAUGGCUCCGGAAAGACCUCCAUCUGCCAGGCCAUCAUGAAGGGCAACUCCGGAACCAAGGGCAUCCUGAACAGGAAGCUACUGGCCUGCUACCUCAUCGAGUCCCAGAAUCCUGAGUGCCACAGCCUGUCGCUGUUCAUGAGGAAGAUCGUGCUGCAGUUGCUCAGCCAUGCCUCGCUGAUCAGCCGGGAUGAGAGCCAGCGGAUCAUCGACGAGGGCUUCUCCUUCCUGCGCGAUGAGGCCCAGCAGCAGGAAUUCAAGCUUGACGAGGCCAUGAACAACAUCAGUCUGAGUGAGAAUGCUGAGGAGCUGCUGAUCGAGGAGCUCAAGCGGGGAGCCAGUGAGUUGGACACCAAGGAGCUGGAUAACUUUCAGUCACAGCGCACCUCCACGGUCAACAAGGCCACCACCAGGACUAGCCUCACGCGUCAGCAAUCGGAGCCGGCUCCAUUGCAGAUAGUCGACGCGGAUGCAGUGAAACCGGAUGAGAAGGCUGGCGGUAACUAUGGAACACAUCCACCAAAACGUGCCUCCAGGGAACGAGGAGAUGCCGAGCAGGACAAGGACUUGGGCAGCGAAAAGGAGCAGCAGAAGCAGCAAUCUCAGGAACCCAAGGAGCCGGCCACCAAGUCGAGUCCUGCGAAGACCAAGUCCAAGAUUCCCGUCAAGCGGGGUCGUUCCGGCAGCGGUGUGCUCUCUCCCUCCAAGCUGGCCACCAUCAGCAAUGGAGGAGGUCAGUCUAUCCAGCAGGGUGGUGGCGAGGACAUAGCCGAUCUCAACACGGACCAGGAGAAGCACGAAAUCGAAGCAGCCAUUAAGGAUGAUAAGGUGGAGGAGCCACAAACCAUUAAGGAGGAUAAAGAGGAAGAUAAACCCGAGGCGGAAAAGGAGUUGAAUGAGAUACUCAAGGAGCAGUUGUGUAAAUCCAAUCAGGAUGGAGGCAAGGAGACAGAGCCCGAAGCCGAAGCGGCAGCUGAUAGCUCAACCGAACCCCUCAUUGACUUCACAGAGACCAAAGUUAAUGGCAAGCAGGAUGAAGAGGAGGUGGAGGAACCCCAGCAGCAACCACCACCAGUGCCCGGUGAGAAGCCCCGGAUGAGCACCAAUACCCUGCCUCCACCACUGCCCAAAACCAAGAGCUGUCGCACCAUCAUAGCCGAUGGCUACUACGAACUGCUGCUCUCCAAUCCGGAGAUCCUCGAGUGCCUCAGUGUGGACAACAUCGAAAAGAAUCCGGAUGAGUGCUUCAAGAAGGCCUUUCUGUUUCCCCUGCUAGAACUCACUCCUCCAAAGACGGCUUUACUCCUGCUGAUCGAUUCCAUUGACGAGAACUACAUCAACGAGGGCAACCUGAUAUCCACUUUGAAAGGAGGAAGGGGCACAGCCACCAAUCACAAGAGCCGCAAUGUGGCGGAGCUACUGUCCAAUCACAUCCACCUCUUCCCCAAGUGGCUCUUCCUGGUAUGCACCACCAAGAAGCAGACCAAGCAGAUCACCAAAAUGUUCACGGGUUUUAAGAAGAUCACUUUGGAUGACCUGCGCAAAUCCCACGUGGUCAAGGAUGUGCAGGAGUACAUUAUCAACCGACUAAACUCAGACUUCAAGGACAGCAUCAUGUUGACCAAGGAGAUCAUCGAGUCGCUCCACCAGCUUUACAUCAAGUCGAACGGCUGCAUCCUCUACCUGGAGAAGGUACUCCACGGCAUCAAGGACAACUUCUUUAGCUUCCGGGAGAUCAAGCUGAUCCCAUGCACCCUGAACGGAUUGUACUUAUACAUUUGCCAGAAGUCCUUUAACAAAAAACAGUACAUGAAGAUCCGACCCCUGCUAAAUGUACUGUUGGCCUCCUCCGGCUACGUGGACAAGCUCUUCCUGUUCAACUGCCUUCGCACCCACAACUACACCAUCGAUUGCCAGGAGUUCGAGAAGCGUCUGCAGCUGAUGAGAAACAUCCUGGCCUAUGACUCCAAUGCCCAGCGCCUAAAGAUCUUCCACAACUCCUUUGCCGACUGGCUGGUGGACGUCAAGUUCGCCACCAAGAAGUUCAUCUGCGACGUGAACGAGGGCCAUGUCAUGAUCUCCAUGUACUAUCUCCUAGUUGCCGAUACCCUCUGCGCGAAUACGGUGCGUAAGUUUGCCUACCAUCUUAUCCGAUCGGGUGAGUAUCUAACCAGCCGACACGUCGACCUGGAUCUCAUCCUGAUGCUGCUCGAAUCGCGACUUAACCUAAGCGACUGCUUCUACACGAACCAAAUGAACUGCUGUGCCCAGUGCGAGCAUGACUUCAAGUACGACAUGAACUUCCUGCCCAAGACGCGGGCUAUGUUGGAACGCUUCCUGGCCAGCGAGCUGAGCGAACCCUUCGCCCAGUUCCUCUGCGAUUUCUUCAAACCCAGCCUGCCCACGGACGCCAAAAUGCUAAAACUGCUCAUCGAGACGGGAAUCAACAACGCGGAGUCCCAGAACUCCUGUGAGUCCUCUCUAAUGUCGCCGGAACUCUCGGAGAAAUCCCAGAAUAUAGACUUUGAGCUGGCCGAUCUUUUGCUGUCCAGCGAGAAGAGCUGCCUGAUGGAGACCCAGCGGGCUGGCAGUCCCUCGGAGCACAGUGAGCCACCGGCCGAGAGCCAGGAUGAGAAUGCCUCGAGCACCCUGCACCAGCUCUCCGAUUCCCAUCACAUUGAGCUGCACAAGGGCAAGGCCUUGAUCCACAUCCUGGCCAACGAUGGCAAUCAUCAGCUGCUGGAACGGGCCCUCAAUGCCUGCAAGAGUCCCAUCGAUCUGGAGAUUGAGGAUUACAAUGGUCAAACUGCCCUGAAUAUAGCCGCCAGGAAUGGACAUCUGGAGGUGGUGAAGCUGCUAUUGAGCUUCUCCCAGCCCUGCAACGAUGGAACUGGUCGGAUGAAGCGGGUGGAUGUCAACCAUGCCGAUCGCGAUGGCUGGACUCCCCUGAGAUCCGCCUCCUGGGGAGGACACAGUGAGGUGGUGCGCCUGCUGAUAGCUCAACCCGCUUGUAAGAUCGAUCUGGCGGAUAAGGAGGGACGAACGGCACUAAGAGCCGCCGCCUGGAGUGGCCACGAGGACAUCCUGAAGCUGCUGAUUGAGUCGGGGGCGGAUGUCAACUCGGUGGAUCGUCAGGGACGCACUUCUCUGAUAGCCGCCUCCUACAUGGGUCACUAUGACAUCGUUGAGAUUCUCCUCGAGAACGGUGCUAAUGUCAAUCACUUGGAUCUGGACGGACGCAGUGCUCUGUGCGUGGCAGCCCUGUGCGGGUCGUCCGGAUAUAGUAAGGUCAUCUCUACACUCCUAGAUCAUGGCGCCAAUACGGAUCAGUUGGACAACGAUGGCAUGUCGCCACUGCUGGUCAGCUCCUUCGAGGGCAACGCCGAGGUGUGCGAACUGCUCUUGGAGAACGCCGCCGAUCCGGAUCUCGCUGACUUCAUGGGACGCACUCCAUUGUGGGCAGCCUGCACGGCGGGACACGCCACCGUGGUCAAGUUGCUGCUCUUCUGGGGCUGCGGCAUCGAUUGCAUGGACUCCGAGGGCCGAACGGUGCUGAGCAUUGGUGCCGCCCAGGGAAAUGUGGAGACGGUGCGGCAGCUGCUUGAUCGGGGAUUGGAUGAGACGCACAGGGAUAAUGCCGGCUGGACGCCGCUGCACUACGCCGCCUUCGAGGGGUUCCACGAGGUUUGUCUGCAGCUGCUGGAAUCGGGGGCCAAGAUCGAUGAGUGCGACAACGAGGGAAAGACCGCCUUGCACCUGGCUGCUCAGGAGGGACGACUCCACUGCGUCCAGGCUCUGCUGGACAUCCACUCGAGCUUUGUGGACCAGAAGGCCCACGAUGGCAAGACCGCCUUCCGGCUUUCCUGUCUGGAGGGCCACAUGGACACCGUGGAGUAUCUGCUGAAGUUCUGCUGCGAUGUCAACUCAAAGGAUGCGGACUCCCGCACCACUCUCUACAUCCUGGCGCUGGAGAACAAGCUGGAGAUAGUCAAGUAUCUGCUGGAUAUGACCAAUGUGGAUGUGAACAUUCCGGACAGCGAGGGACGAACGGCUCUGCAUGUGGCCGCCUGGCAGGGUCAUGCCGAUAUGGUCAAGACCCUGAUCGAGGCCGGUGCGGAUGUGAACUCCAUGGACUUGGAGGCCCGCACGCCACUGCACUCCUGCGCCUGGCAGGGCAAUCACGACGUGAUGAACAUCCUGCUCUACUACGGAGCUCUGGCGGAUCACGCCUGCAAGCAGGGAGCCACUGCGCUGGGCAUCUCAGCCCAGGAGGGUCACGAAAAGUGCGUGAUUGCCCUGCUCCAGUUCGGAGCCAAUCCCUACAAGUCGGACCACUGCGGACGCACGCCCAUUAAACUGGCGGCCAAGUCUAGUCGCACCAGCAUCCUGAAGAUCUUUGAGAGCUACACCAAAAAUGAAGCUAGCAAUCCCAACGAACCCAAGUUCCAUGCCCAUGCCAGCAUGCUGAGAUCUCCGGAUCAGCCGCCGGCUCUGCCGCUCCACCAGAACCUGGCCCCGUAUCCGGCCCAUGCGUCUGCCAACUCGGUCUGUUCGGCGGCCACCACGGCCACGGUGCACAAUGGCAGCCACCUGCACGUCCUCAAUGCCUCUAGUUCCACGCACAGCUCGAACAACUUUUACCAGAACACCAUGCAGUCGGACACGAGCAGUUUGCACAAGCGCAAGAGCGUCAUCUCUAGUCAGUCCACGGGCAGCAGCAAUGAUCAAGCGCCGCUAACCUUCACCCAGCAAUUGCAGCGACAAAGCAAACUGAGCUCACGCAACAAUCUCAUGGUCAAUUCGAAGCACGCCUCCAGUUCAGGAGCAGCAGGACACAAGUCCAGUGGUGGUGGUGGAGGCGGAGGUGCCCAGCGGCACUCACAGGUUCUGCCCGAUCUCAGCGAGCAUCAGCUUGCAUCCAACAUGACCAACGAGGCGGAUAUGUACGACAUGGAGUGCAUGUCCCCUCUAUAUGCAACGCCUCCUCAUUCGCCCAGCAGCGAAUUGAGUUCACCAGGACAGCUUCCGGGUCUUAAUGCCUUCGCGGAUGAUGAGAGAGCCGGAACAAGCGGUGGUGGCGGCGGUGCCAAGCUGCCGGAUAAUCAUUUCGCGCGAGACACUCACAUGCGUAUAAUUCUGGGCAACCUCAAGGAAAACCAGCCCAGCUCCUCGGGCAAAAGCAAGCGCAGCGGAGUUUCCAGUAAUCCCGCAAUGCGGCUCAUCCGUAGCCGCUUCGAUGCCGCCUCCCAGUUGAUCCGGCGCACCAACAACAUACUCUCCUCCAGCAGCAAUCAGGGCUCCUCCAGCAUUAGCGUCAAGUCGGGCACCUUCCAGUGGCGCAAGGAGAGUCAAAUGUAAUGGGGGAAUUAAAAGAUUACAUAUUUAGAAGUUCCCCCGAAACUCAACUCACAUCAACCUACACACCCACUUGCAUACUCAACCCAUAAAUUAAUUUAUUUGAGUUUAUAUACCUUUGUACUUUUGAUAAAGUAUUUGUUUUUUGUGAUAGUUUCAAUUUUAGUAAACUUUUUAAUCUGUAUUCUGAUUUAACUAAAUAUAUUUAGGCAUACUACCUAUACGAAGUAGUUUAAGGCAUGCGCCAAGUAUUAAGCUAAAGACCCAUAUAUAGAAUACUUCAAUACACUUUUGGCAUGCGAAUUGUAGCAGAUUCUUCUUCAAUGUAGCGAAAAACUAACGAAAUUUAAAUAGAUCACGAUAACACGAAUGUAUACUUAAGAGAGCUCAGACCACAGCACUGUUCUCAGAAUUAAUUUUAAAGUAUUUAUUAAAUCACCAUGCGUAAGACAGAGCAAUGGCUUAUAAUUUAACUAUAAUAUAAUUUAUGCUGGAACCAAUGAAGUUCUGAAAGCCAUACUACUCCAAUGCGCAUUUAUUGGCAAACGGCUAUAGACAUGUAAUUUAUUAAUAUGAGCUACUCUUACAUUUAAUUCCGCUGUUUACGUCAAUUCUUUUAAAUGCAAUCCCCCAAAGUCCCAAAAAACCCAUUAUCCUUUUCCUAUCAUGUGCCUCUGAUGGCACCAGAAGAUCCCAGAGAAACGAUAUAUGUGUAGUAUAUUGCUCGCACCCAAAACUCAAAGCGGUCCGUUCCUGUACCUUAACACUUGUCACUAAUUUUAUGUAACCCUUAAGCCGGACACACCAAUCGAAUACACAGCCGAAGCAUUAAUAAAAUAUUUUCUGAAACUCUACUCCCCACUGCAAAGCAGCAAAACACAGUCACAGCAAACAACGCACUGGGCUAGAUCCGAAAUGGAAAAUCGAAGAUAAGUUGAACAGCGAAAUGUUAAUGAACAGAAACAGAACCUAAUUAAUUGUUAACAAGACCUAUAAAAUACCGCAGAAUACAAUUGUUUAGAUAUACAUAAAUAUAUAUUUCAAAAGCAUAUUUACAAGUUAAUGAUCAGAGUUAUUCAAAGUAUCAUUAUUAUAAUCAUAAUAGAUAACCGAACAGACUAAAAUACAAUCCGCAGAGAUACACACUACACGAAAAAUGCAUGAAGGGUCGAAACCAAAGAUAAACAUUUACAUUUGGAAGUAAUAUACACAUGAUACCUAUACCUAACAUAUAACUAAAUAUAUGAGAAUAUGUACUUAUACAUCGUAGUGUAGUAGUUUUGAAAAAGGUUGCGAUGAAUUAUUGACAAAAAUUGAUACAGGAACAUUUACAGAAAAUUCUGAGUGUGUUGAAGUUAAAAAAUAACAACUUUUUGAGCGAAGCGACGAAUAACGAAGCAUAUACAUACAUAUAUAACUCUGAAUCCGAAUAAAUUGUAUAUUCAUACAAAUAA